AUGCAGACUGCGAACGAAUUUGCACUCUCUCCAGCUGAUGCUUCGAAUAGUAAGCAAGUGCACGGUGAUUGCUCAAAUUCAAGUUCUUCUCUGAACCCAGCACUUGACCAAGACGUCUCUAAUAACUGUCUCCUCCACUGCUCAAGAGCAGAUUAUGGUUCAAUUGCUUCCCUGAACAAAAGCUUUCGAUCUUUGCUUCGGAGCGGUGAGCUAUAUAGGCUAAGGCGGGAAAGGGGCAUUAUUGAACACUGGGUUUACUUCUCCUGUGGCCCUGUUGAAUGGCAGGCAUUUGAUCCUGUUCGCCGGCGAUUCAUGCAUUUGCCAAAAAUUCCAGAAAUUGAUUCAAAUGUGUGCUUUGUGUGUUCGGACAAGGAAUCGUUGGCUGUAGGUACUGAACUCCUCCUUUUUGGGAAGGAUAUUAUGUCCUUUGUGAUCUACAAAUAUAGCCUAUUGACAAAUUUGUGGUCGAUCGGUACCAAUAUGAAUCAAGGUAGAUGCUUGAUUGGGUCUGCAAGUCUCGGGGAAACUGCAAUUGUGGCAGGAGGCUGUGACCUAAAAGGAAAUAUCUUGCAAUCGGCAGAGUUGUAUGACUCGAAUACUGGUAGCUGGACAACUCUUCCGGACAUAAACACGCCGAGAAAAAUGUGUUCAGGGUUUUUCAUGGAUGGCAAGUUUUAUGUCAUUGGUGGAAUUGGGCGAGGCAAUCGCACGCUGAUAUCAGGAGAGAUGUAUGAUAUGGAGACGAGAACGUGGACUGAGAUUCCUAGUAUGUUCCCUUCACACAAUCCUGAAGCUGAGCCACCAGGCACAAACAAGGCGCCUCCUCUGGUUGCAGUGGUAAAGAAUGAGCUCUAUGCAGCAGAUCCUGAAGAAUUAGUAGUGAGUAAAUAUGACAAGGAGAAGAAUGUGUGGGCUACAAUUGGGCCAUUGCCUGAAAGUUCACAUUCCAUGCAUGGUUGGGGGAUAGCAUUCAGGGCUUGCGGAGACCAACUUCUUGUCAUUGGCGGAACCAGAUAUGGACAGGUCGUGGAGAUUAAUGGUUGGGUUCCGGAUGCAGGUCCUCUUCGGUGGAACUUACUGGGUAGGAAGUAUUUAGGAAACUUUGUCUAUAAUUGCACCGUGAUGGGUUGCUGA